CUCCUGCUGCUGCUGGCUAGCGCUACGUUGGUGUCAUCGUCUUAUCGGUUUGGGGUUUGACAACAGAAACAACAGCCUUAUUUCGUGUCCAGCCACGAAUCCCUACUUCCAUUGGGGUCUCUGGAGAGAUGAACAACAACGGGAAUAAGAGAGCUCCAACCACAGCCACUCAGCGACUUAAGCAGGAUUACCUCAGGAUAAAGAAAGACCCCGUGCCUUACAUCUGUGCAGAACCUCUCCCCUCCAACAUCCUAGAAUGGCACUAUGUGGUCAGAGGUCCUGAGAAAACUCCAUAUGAAGGAGGAUAUUAUCACGGGAAGCUCAUAUUUCCUCGGGAAUUCCCUUUUAAACCACCAAGUAUCUAUAUGAUAACACCAAACGGGAGAUUUAAGUGUAAUACAAGGUUAUGUUUGUCCAUCACAGACUUCCAUCCAGACACGUGGAACCCUGCGUGGUCCGUCUCCACCAUCCUAACAGGUCUGCUCAGCUUCAUGGUGGAGAAAGGCCCCACCCUCGGCAGCAUCGAGACCUCUGACUACACGAAAAGACAGCUGUCAGCCCAAAGCCUGGCCUUCAACCUCAAGGACAAAGUGUUCUGCGAGCUGUUUCCUGAUGUAGUCGACGAGAUGAAGCAGAAACAGAAGGCCCAGGAGGAGUUAAGCGCCCGCACUCAGCCCCUCCCCUUACCUGACGUGGUGCCUGACGGUGACCCUCAGCACGCCCACUACGGCCUCCCCGCCCUCAACGGAGGUCCCGUCCCGCUCGGGGCCGCCAACCCCGCCCCUGGCCUGCAGCAGGCCAAUCGCAACCAUGGACUUCUAGGUGGCGCUCUAGCCAACCUGUUUGUGAUUGUGGGCUUUGCAGCGUUCGCCUACACAGUCAAGUACGUGCUGAGGAGCAUAGCCCAGGAGUGAGAGAGGCUGGUGUUGUAGGGCAUCGCUCCCCCUCAACAGGGGAGCCAGCUAGUGGACUCCACAUUCUACAAACACACUACGUGGGGAGGGAUGUUCAGUCCUGGGUUAUACCUCUCCACCACCACCACCACCACCAUGGACUUUGGAAGACAGAAACUCAAAGCCGACCCACCCAGGAAGGAUUGAGAGCAGGGGGGAGGUGGGAGUGGAAAGGAGUGGCAGUGGGGCCGGGGGAUUGGAGGGGCUUAUUAAAACGGUUGUGAUCCACUCUGUGCUUCAGUGGUUUAUGUCAGUAAUAGGAACAAACUUGGCUCAUGGGUUGUGGAAGAGUGUAGAACAGCAGCUGUGUUGUCCCGGUUUUCACAACAGAUAAAAAAAUCUUUGCUGGCGUGAAAUAAAACACACCAUUCUGCUCCUGUACAAUAAUGAAUAUUACUUGUAAAAGCUUGUUUCUCAAUUACAGUUCAUGAUCAUUUAUUAGAUCAUUAAGACUCCUCAGGUUGUGACUCUGAUUUAUUGUUAGCCUGUGGCCAUUGUUGCAAAGCCAAGUGUUUUCAGAGAGAAGGGGAGUACCACAAAUAGCUGCUCUGUGGUGAUCCCAAUCCAUUAUGUGCAUUAGAAGUGACCCCAACUUUAAAGGUAGAAUGAGUAGGAUUUUCCUAAAAUAAAAGAAUGAAACAACAUAUAGACUCAUACAAAUGUAAUCCCUCUCAGUCAUCACUUAUGACCCACUAGAAGUGUGUAGUGUUGUCUGUAUCAGACCCUGCCAUCUGCCUGUAUUUUUUUUUUUGUUUUGCUGUGUUCAGGACAUUUCUGGGUGUCAACAUUUGAGUAGUGGGUGUGUAGACUCCAGCCAACAGCAUGCAGGGUGUGAGAUCGGGACUGUAUAAAAAUGUAGCUGCACUGCAGCGUAGCACUUCUGGUUGUUGAGCUGGGAAGGAGGGACCAACUUUGAAUGUUGUUUACAAGCCGCAAAACAAACAAAUCUGCUCAUUCUGCCUUUAAAAGUGCAGUGUGCUGAAUUUAGUGGCAUCUAGUGGAAGGGACUUGAUAGAAAUUGAAUAUAAUCAUGAGUAAGAGUUUAAUUAGUGUAUAAUCCCAUAAAAGUUCAAAUCAAUGUUUUUUGUUACCUUGGAAUGAGCCCCUUCUAUCUACAGAGAGCAGCUUCCCUCACUGCUAGAUGCCACUAAAUCUUACACCCUGCCUCUUUAAUUUGACAUAUGUUUUUUGGCAGUACUUCAGUUUUGUCUUUAUACAUUUCCAUGGAAUAGCUUGAAGGCCUCACCUUUCAAGAACCGGUUUUACUACCUUCAAUUUUGCUUUAUCACUGGUGGCUUUGAGUAUUUCUGCACUGGGUAUAUCUAUCUGGGCAAGAGAAAUGUGUUGCUAGGGAUGUGUUGGGCUCCAGAUCAAAUGAAGCACUUAAUUAACAGACAAGAGGUGGUUGGCGGUCAAAAGACCACAGUGUCAGUGGCAGGCCUAUAUUCCCUGAGAUCUAUUAUGUGUUUACAUAUUUUAAGCACAACAGGACCUAAUUGAAACUGCAGACUGUCGACAAACAGGACAGGAGAACAGGCUUUAUGACUGUGUAGGAUGAAAUGAAAAACAAUGGAUGAGCCAACUGCAAAAACAAUAUGUACAAGUAGUAUUAUAUGCAAAUAUGUUCCAGAAAUAGUAUGCAGUAACACACGUCAGUACUUGUAGGUUAUGUAAUCCACCAGAGCUUACUGCUGAGGACCCCGGGCCAAGAGACAUAGUCUUCCUAGAUCAGACAAGUGUAUUUAUGUCUAUGUAUCUCUACAUAUAUGAAGCAUAUAAUCAACCUGGCGUGUCAGUCUAUGAGACAGCUGCUGGUAUGAGUCCAUAAGUUCCUCCAGUCAACCCAUGAGCCAAGUACUGAACCCAGUGUCUGCACAGAAGUAGAGACCAGUACAUUUUUUUUAAUUGGCUUAGCUGACCAGUAUAGCACUGCUCUAUAUAGGUCCAAAUAAGAAGACAUGAAAAGAACCAACCUUUUGUUCUGUAUAUUUUUCUUUCUUUCUUUUUUUGUGUUUUCUUUAUUUAUAGAUAAAGCCCCGGCUUGUCUGUCAUGGUUCUGAGGAAAUGUCUAAUGUUUGCUGAGCAGGGCAGAGAGGGCAAACAGACACCUACACACACACACAAACACAGGCCAUGGCCCAGGCUCACGUGAUUGCUGAUAAUUUACUGUUGUGCAUUGCAUUUAGUAAAGAUGGUUCUACUGUGUAUCUGAUGUUUCAACAAAAUAAUGGUCUGGAAGCAGGAGAUUUGCCUUUCUAUUGCUCUUCUUUUCUUGACACCAUCUUUAAAACAAAAAAACAAAAAAAAGACACUGAUGAUGGGAGUGCGUUUGUGUGAUUAUACAGCAAAUGCCUACAUUUCCAUGCUUCAGUUAAUCUUGUGUGACAUUGUAUGUUUUCAUAGUAAAUGCAAAUAAAUCACCCUGCUCGGCAGGGCAUUUUAGAAAACAA